AUGGAGCUUCAAAGUUCCAUUUCUUGGGGAUUUUGGUCAUUGAUCUCAAUGGACAUUCUGAUCCUGCUUGUAGUUCUCGCUGCCAUCAACAAUUCUGCAGUAAAUCAUGCCUUAGCCACCAAUCGACUUCAAAAUGAAACUGAUAGACUCGCUCUGCUGGAGUUCAAGAGUCAGAUAUCUGAUGAUCCAUAUGCUGUAUUGAACUCGUGGAACCAAACACGACACCAUUGCCGAUGGCCGGGGAUCACAUGUGAUAGUCGACAUCAGAGGGUCACAGCCAUAACUCUAACAGGCUGGGGUUUGUCUGGAACCAUAUCUCCUCAUAUAGGAAAUCUCAGCUUCAUGAAAUCCAUCCAUCUGGAGGAAAAUCAGUUCCAUGGUGAAAUUCCACAAGAGGUUGGUCAUCUGUUCCGUCUAAGGUUUCUUAACCUAUCAUAUAACCUCCUGAGCGGAGAGAUCCCUGUUAGUCUAUGCAACUGCUCAAAUAUGUUAAGCCUUACGCUUACGAGCAACAAACUUGAAGGCAAAGUUCCAAUUGAGCUAAGCAAAUUGAAGAAGCUUGAAAAUCUUUAUCUUUCUAAGAACAAUUUGACAGGAGAGAUUCCUUCCUCCCUCGGAAAUCUUUCGUCAUUGACAACUCUCUUUCUUGCAUAUAACAAUUUGGAGCGUAAUCUGCCCAAGGAGAUAGGCUUCCUUAAAAACUUGCAUUCAUUAGGAGUGGGAGUAAACCAAUUAUCUGGUAGGAUCCCUGCAUCUGUUUAUAACAUAGCAUCUCUCCAUGUCUUUUCAAUACCAGUUAAUUCUUUUCAUGGCAACCUUCCAACCGACGUAGGUCUCACCCUACCAAAUCUGCAAGUCCUACAAAUUGGGACGAACGACUUCAAUGGCAAUAUUCCACUUUCCAUCACCAAUGCUUCUAGGCUUGAGCAACUUGACCUUGAUAACUAUAAGCUUGAAGGGCAAGUUCACAGUAAUUUAGGAGAUCUAUCAAACCUUCAAUUAAUAGAACUUUCCGGAAAUUGGUUAGGAAGAAAUUCUACAGGAGACUUGAAUUUCAUUGGAUCAUUGACAAACAAUAGUAAUCUAUAUACGAUUUUCUUAGAUGAAAACAAUUUUGGUGGUGAGUUACCUAAGUCCUUGGCAAACCUUACACAUGGACUCACUGAAUUAGGCAUUGAAGGAAAUCAAUUAUGGGGAACUAUCCCAGAAGGACUUGGAAAUCUUGUCAAUCUAAUUGUCUUUGACAUGUCAUGGAAUUCUCUUUCAGGAGUCAUACCAAGUGACUUUGACAAUCUUUUUGAAGGCAGCGAUGUAUUUGGCAGUAUUCUCAUGAACUGUGGAAAUCUGCAACAUCUGGACGUAUCUAUAAAUAAUCUUAGUGGUGUUAUAUCACCAGAGUUUUUUGAGAUGCACACCUUUCUAUUAUAUCUGGGUUUGAGACAGAACACAUUCAGUGGUUCUAUACCUCUGGAAGCCAACUUUUUCGAAGGGACGAUUCCCUCAAAAUUGGCUUCUCUGAAAGCCAUCCAAGUAUUAGACCUUUCAUUUAACAACUUGACUGGACAAAUACCAAGAAACCUUGAGAAACUUCAGCCGUUGAGGUAUCUGAACCUUUCUUAUAAUGACCUUUAUGGGAAGAUACCAACAACCGGAAUAUUUGGGAAUGCAAGCCUAAUAGUUUUGAUGGGAAACAGCAAACUUUGUGGAGGCAUUACUGAAUUGUUCAUGGGAAAGAAAAAGGAAAAGCAUAAGAUCAUUGUUCUAUUAUCCACAGUUUUACCAGUAACAUUCUUGGCUCUUGGUAUAAUAUUGUUGUUCUAUUUGGGGGUAUACCAAAAAAGAUAUCGAAGAGAAGCCAGCUCAUCUUUUGUGUUCCCAACAGUCGAUAAGCUGUUAAGAGUUUCUUACCAUGAACUCCAUCGUGCUACUUUGGGAUUUUCUCCAGAAAACUUGAUCGGAUCAGGAAGUUUUGGGAUUGUUUACAAAGGCAGGCUAGAUCAACACGAAGAUAGGCUUGUUGCAGUUAAAGUUCUUGACCUUCAGAAGAAUGGGGCUUCAAAGAGCUUCAAGGCUGAGUGCAAAGCACUAAGAAACAUCCACCAUCGAAAUUUAGUCUCCAUCUUAAGUUAUUGCUCCAGCGUUGAUUCCAAAGGUCAUGAAUUCAAGGCUCUAGUUUACGAGUUCAUGGAAAAUGGAAAUCUUGACUUGUGGUUGCAUCCAGAAACAACUGAUCAAGCAACAACAUCCAGCUGCCUUAAUCUUUUUCGGAGGCUGAAUAUUGCAAUUGAUGUUGCUUCAGUGUCGGUGCAUUAUCUUCACAACCAAUGUGAAACAACAAUUGUUCAUUGUGAUUUGAAGCCAAGCAACAUUCUUCUUGACAAUGACUUCGUUGCUUACGUAGGUGAUUUUGGAUUAGCAAGGCUUCUUCCUGAAACCAUCAGUACUUCUUCUGACCAGGGAACCAGCAGUGCUGUUGCAAUUAAAGGAUCAAUCGGAUAUGCAGCUCCAGAGUACGGGAUGGGUCUCCCUGCAUCAACUCAAGGCGAUGUGUAUAGCUAUGGGAUAUUUCCGCUGGAGAUGAUCACAAGAAGGAGGCCAACAGAUGAUAUAUUAACUGAUGGCCUAAAUCUUCAUAACUAUGAGGAGAUCAGUACAGAGAAAUGA